UGGCAUUUUCUUCAAGGGAUGGGGAAGGUGACAGAAGUGCUACCUCAGAGCUUUUUCCUAUAUGUUACUGAAAAGAGGGAAAUUUAGCAUUGCAACAACUGAAGAUGGAAAGUUGGUCAGUUGAGCAAGUCUGCAACUGGUUGAAACAGAGAAAUUUAGGAGAGCUAGUUCCUAAGUUCCGUGAAGAAGAAAUAAGUGGAGCAGCUCUUCUGGCUCUUAAUGAUCGUAUGGUGCAGCAGCUGGUGAAGAAGAUUGGGCACCAGGCAGUGCUGAUGGACCUGAUUAAAAAAUACCAGCAACAGAGGAGUGGGCUGGAAUCCCUUACAUACUGUUGUGAAACAGCUUCUCAAAAAUUUCCAGAAGUAAUCAGUGGGGCUACUGACAGACAGAUGUUGAAUUCUUCUGGUCUUCUAGUGGAGCAGAAGAAAUAUCUGUAUUCAGCUGAAAAUGAAAAAGGACUAAUUGAUCAUAGAGUGCUAAAGCAAAAAAAAAACCUGAAAUCAUUUUUUGCAAGACACAAGAUGUUGCAGUGGACAAGUUCUUAUGUUUUGCCAGACUUCCCUUACGAUGUCAAGUGCGUAUUAGCAGAAAAGAAAUGCCCUGAUCACAGUAUGAGAAUAAGAAUUAUUGAAUUUUUACAAGCAGACAUGACAAAAUACCUGGAAGGAUCACUGUAUCCGAACAGUCAGCAAUAUAACAUUGUUGUCAAUGCUCUGCUCCAGGCAUACCCAUUCCUUGAUGAAGAUAGGAAUGGCUUUUUGCUGUGGAAACGGGCCCUUAAAGAUCGUUUCAAAUACGUGCGGAGACCCAUUGAAGAUGAUGAGCAAGUCCUGAGGAACAAAUGCAAGUUUGGCCACAGGAGAGGACAGAGCAGAAAAUCUUCUUUUGCUGAAAAUACUCUUGAUGAUGUCCAGGGGCAGGUAGAGGCCACCCACAUGUGUAGUCACAGCUGCAUCAGUGACAAUACAGACAGGAAAAGCCAGGGGCAACGCAGCCUGAGGAUAGAAGAACCUGCUCAUCUUAAAGGCAGUGCAAUGGAUUUACAUAUUAAGUGGCUUAAUCAAGAGUAUAUGAAGACUCAGAGGAACUGGGAAGAAGUGGAUAAUAGAAUGAAUGCAACAAUAGAAAUACGGAGAAAGAUGAUCAGUGAUAAGGCACCUUUAAAAUAUAUUCUAAGACAAUUUCCUUUCUUAAGAUGCCCUUAUCAGCUUUUUAGGGAGUUCCAGCUUCUCACACACAUGGACAUUUAUAAGAAAACAGUUGAGAUUUUGGAGAUUUAUUCAGAAAACAUAUUGUCCUUGUAUGUGGUGAGGAAUAAUCCAAUUAACAUGAUGCUGCAAGAAAAUCUGAAGCAGCACACAGAGGAGGACGUUCUGAAAUAUAUGAAAAUGACUGCUGCAUGUUUAGUCCUGCCAGAGGUCUUUGGAGAUGACUCCAGUCUGUUUGCUGCAGUGAACGAGGAGGUAAAGGCAGUGACACCAGUGUUGGAAGUGAAAAACCCCUUCAACAUGAAUUCAUGCGAGUUUGCCCUGUACAUAGAAAGGGAAGAGUUAGCCCAGCUCAAUGACUGCACCAUGGCUCUGGCGGCGCUGGUGGCUGCAUUCCAUGUGUUUGAUAUCCCAUGCCCAAAGAGAAUCCACAGGACACUGAACUUCCUGGAGUCCCUGGUCUUUGAAGUGAGGAACCCAGCAUCCCUGCCCACCCUGGUAAAGACAGGGCUGGAGACACCCAAGUAUCCAGUAUCUGAUGGUGCACCCAGCACUCCUCUCAGAAGCAUUUGAUAUUUUAUCAAAAUAAAUCCCUUUGUGCCAUUCUUUCUAGUGAAAGUGUAUGCAUAUUUAAAAGUUAUGUUUAGUAAUGACCUCCUUUUUUUAUUGUACUGGCUACUUCUAAAAAACAAAUUAAAACUCAAGCAGUUUCAUUAUUUUAAAUGUAGAUUUUAGAGCAGUCUAGAGAUAAUAAAAUUUUCUUGAUUAC